AUGCCUGAGCUGAUCCACAUCGUUCUCGUCAAGCUCAAGCCCGCUGUGCGGUCCGACGAGUCGGCCUUCUCCACCUUCGUCACCAAGUGCAACGAGCUGGGAACUUAUCCUUCUUUGCAGCCUCUCUUGACAGAGUUCAAGUGGGCCGAGCCAGUGUACGCGGAUAGGACAAAGGGCUUCAAUUGGGCUCUGUACUCUCGAUUCCGUCAUCGUGAGGACUACGAGAAAUAUAGAGAUGAUGAAGGUCACAGAACCUUCGUCAAGGAGGUCAUGAGCCCAGCGCUAGACGAGAUCAUGGCGUAUGACUUGGAGGUCUGAACAACUCAAACAGUAAUCACCAAGACGACGCUUGUCCACAAUCUAGCGGCAGCAGGGAUCGAGGAAUCCAGAUCAUUGGCACAGGCGCAAACUGUUCACAGCCCCCUUCUAAUCGCCUUCGAAAUGUAGAAUUGCAGCAUCAUUACUGUUGCGAGAGAGGGGUUUGCGACACUUGAGUCGCCGCCUCAUAUGUGCGGAAGCACGGAGGGACAUAAGUCAAUGGACCUGACAGUCGUGUGAUGUACUGCGGAACGGCGUGCGACAAUCACUUCAUGCUUGUCUCCUUCUCG